AUGACUUCGAGAAGGACGGGACACCAAUUUUCUCCUCUUGAAGAGGAAAAGGAGAGAGGAAAGAGUAGACGUUCUUUUAUUACGACGACGAAUUGCCCAAGCGUGUUGGAGGCAAAGUCUGAUUCAACGACGAGAAACGACGAAGAUUCCUCGGCAGAAGCGAAGAGCUGCUUCGUCUCCGAGAAUACGAGAGGACGAUGUUUACGGAAACGACGACGGUCGAUCGUUCUUCUCCAAAUAACUUCCUCGAUGGCUGCACUCAUGAGCAACAUUUCAGAGGAGAAGGUGUUUGCGGCUUCCUCUUCUCCCGAGGAUGUGCCGAAGGAGUACGCGGAGAAACUUCGCUCGGCGUGCGAACUUCUCUUAAAAUCCAUCGAGUAUGAACGCGCGCACCCGUCCGCGAGCGUUUCCGAACGCUUCGCCGCCGCCGACCCGGCGAAGCAAGCGGUGAAAGAGUACAUCCAAACUUGGCAAGGACGACCGGAGACGAGAGAUUUAGAGACGAGCGUGAUUACCGGAGAAGUUUUGAGAGAGUUGGCGAGGUAUUAUAAGAAAAACGGCAGUCAAGUCGCUUUAGACGCUGAGUUGAGAGACGACGUCGUCGUGCCAAAGUUAAACGAGGUUCUGAACAUGUUACCGGCGAAAGCGCCGACGCUCGCGGAGAGAGUUUUAGGGAUUUCGACGAAUUCGUCUAAUAAGGCGAAUUAG